UUUGAAAAAAGCGUUGUCAUGUAUUCCACCACCUAUAACUUAUUCUCUGAAAUGCACUCUUACAGGACCAGACUGCGUAUAUUCAAGACGACCAACUGACGCCACUGGCAUACCAGAUUUCAACUGCCAUCGUGCAGAAUUAUUGAUCUUGGUGAUGGAGGCUAAAAGAAAGUAUGUUUUAGAAGAUAUGGGUGAACAGACACUUCUCGAGUUUUAUUAUACGGGUAAAGGCAAGGAUCAUACAGAGCUCUGGAUUUCAAAAACUCUUCCACUACAAUCCGAAUCUCCACCAGUACUCAAGGCAUAUGCUUACCUAACUCGACAGGCGAAAGAAAAUCCCAAUUCUUCUCAUCCUCAAGUACUAGUACCAGUUCAUGGGGACAAUAAUUCACGUGUUCUCCGAUCACAUAUAAAAUCACCUUCCAACUCCUCGAUAAAUCAACAACCAACUCCCAGUAAUCAACUAUCAUCUUCUGCCUUUGGCGCUUCCAGCAACACUUUUGUUAAACAGAACAAUUAUAGCUUCUCAGACUUCAAGUUCAAGAGUAUACUAGGUGAAGGUCGAAGUGGAAAGACUCUCCUAUGCGAAUUUCGUGGAGAUAUGAUUGCUUUGAAGAGUGCAGACUUAUCUAAGAUCCCAUCCUGGUCUGUUAUGGAUAUUAUGGAGGAGCAAAAGACAAGGGCUAUUAAGGGAUUAAAAGCAAUCCACAAGCAUGGUAUCCUCCACAAUGAUAUUCAGGAAGAAAACAUCUUAAUUAAUGAUAAUGAUGACAUCUACUUGAUCGACUUUGGGAUGGCAAGUCGGGCGGACACAAAAAAGAAGAGAAAGCUUUUCGAGGAGGAACAGCUCAAAUUAUCUCAAUUGCUAGAUGGAUAUAUUGUACAAUUCGUAAAGAAGGAGGGUCGAAUUUCCAAGUCACGUAAAUGUCAG